UUUGCAUAUCGCUUGGUAGUCUAUAUAUCCUAGUCUUGCGCUAAAACGCGACACUGCUGCAACACAAAGCCUGGAGAAGUAAUCUACCACUAGUCAAUCAGUCAAACUUUGACACUCGGUCAUCAUGUCUGACAAGCCAAAUCUCGAGGAGGUCGCCAGCUUCGACAAGACCAAGCUGAAGAAGACUGAGACGCAGGAGAAGAAUCCCCUGCCAACUAAAGAAACGAUUGAACAGGAGAAGCAGGCAACGUCGUGAAAACCAUCCCUCCACCGUUGCACUGUACACCCCCUCCUCCUGCAUUGCCUUCUUUUUCAGUCACUUCUUUUUAGCUAUAACUUUGUAAUCCGAAAUGUCGAGAGAGAGAGAGAGA